AUACACUCUUGCUUCUCUGACUCCGACCGUUGGAGUUUGAGCCGUUUGGUUUACUGUAGAUCACGUCAUCAACCCGGAAGUUUGGGGAAGAGCCGAGGCAGCGUCAUGGCGCCGGACCCCUGGUUGUCUACAUAUGAUUCCACUUGUUAUAUUGCACAAGAAAUUGCUGAGAAAAUCCAACAGCGCAACCAGUGUGAAAGAAAUGGAGAAAGUACAACCAAGCUUACUGUUGCAAUCCGAAUUUUGUUGCAGAAUCUGAAGGAAAAGAUCACUCUUUUAAAGGACUUAUUGCUAAGAGCUGUAUCAACACAUCAGAUAACACAGCUUGAAGGGGAUCGAAGACAGAACUUAUUGGAUGACCUUGUUACCCGUGAAAGACUACUGCAAGCAUCCUAUAAGAAUGAUGGUACAGAACCAGAUCUGAUCAGAUCCAGUCUGAUGGCGAAAACUACUAAUCGAAUUGUGUCAAAUCCAUGGCUUUUUGAGGAGCCAGAGGAAACGAGGGGUCUAGGCUUUGAUGAUCUUCGACAACAGCAGCAGAAAAUUAUUCAAGAACAAGAUGCUGGCCUUGAUGCUCUUUCCUCAAUUAUAAGUCGGCAGAAACAAAUGGGGCAAGAGAUUGGGAAUGAACUCGAUGAGCAAAAUGAGAUAAUUGAUGAUCUUGCUAACCUGGUAGAGAACACAGACGAAAGACUACGUAAUCAAACCAGACAAGUAACAAUCGUAGACAAAAAGUCAUCAUCUUGUGUCAUUGUUAUAGGUGUGGCCCUCUGGAAAAGAGAAGAAUACUUGAAAAAUCCUGGUGUUAUAAAAUCAAAAGAUAUACAUAAAAAUAUUUUUAAAGCCUCUUAAUUAACUUUUUGAGAUUAACUGGAUCUACUUAGGGGGCUUAUGUCAUGCAAUAUCAGGUAAAUGAUAUUAGUUCAUGGUUGAUGUAAACCAAGUGCUCAGUGAUUGUGGUGAAUCUGACUGUGACCCUGCAAAAAGACAGAGUUGAUAUUUCAGGUUCCUUGGCUUCCUGCAUAAGAUUAAACUCAUUGUGGCCUUAA